AUGUCGUCGACUCGCCCUCGAAAGGCGAAUGCCGCAGAGGCAUCUAAGAAGGCAACCAAAUCAUCCAAACCUGUCAAAGAACCAAAGACAAAUUCCACCGUUACCAACAAGAAAUCCACAGAACCUUCCAAAGCACCCCCGAAAGUCGCGAAGGAGUCAUCCACUGCGCCGGCAAAGAAGACAACCAAACGAAAGGCUGAGGAUGUUGUCGAAGACAAACCCCAUGUCAACGGAGUCAAGCGAGUCAAGUCACAAUCCGUUACACCCGAGCCCGUCCCCGAGCCACCAAAGCGCAAGGUAGCGGCGGAAAAGACUGCAGCCAAAAAGAAGCCCAGAGCCAAGGCUGAAAUCAACCAUGCUCCCACUGAGAAGCUCAAUGUCUACGUUUUUGGUGAAGGCUCGUCGGGUGAAUUGGGACUGGGAAGUGCUAAGGGUCAGACUGAGGUGAAAAGACCGCGUUACAACCCCAAUCUCAGUCCCGAUACGGUCGGAGUGGUUACGCUCAGCGUUGGCGGAAUGCAUACGGCAGCCCUCACACACGACAGCAAGAUUUUCACCUGGGGUGUCAACGAUCAGGGCGCACUCGGCCGAGAUACGACAUGGGAAGGAGGACUGCGCGACAUCGACGAGGAUACCGACGACAGUGAUUCCGAGAGCGGUUCCGAGACGGCAAUCAAUCCCAAAGAGUCCACUCCGGGCGAAGUCGAUCUCUCUGGUCUGCCAGAAGGCAUCGUAUUCACCCAGGUAACCUGCACUGACAGUGCCACUUUUGCCCUCACCAGUGAAGGCGAGGUGUACGGAUGGGGCACAUUCCGCUCCAACGAAGGCAUCUUCGGCUUUGAUCCUACCACCUUGAUUCAACUCCGACCAAAGUUGAUCAAGGGACUCAGCAAGAUCACCAAGCUCGCAGCCGGAGCCAAUCACGUGCUAGCUCUUCAAAGUAACGGAACGGUCUAUGGAUGGGGAUCAGGACAGCAGAAUCAGCUGGGCCGAAGAAUUCUGGAGAGAAGAGCAUCCAACAGUUUGGUGCCAAUGCCCAUUGGCUUGCCCAAGAAGAUCGUCAACAUCGGUGCUGGUGCAUACAACUCCUUUGCAGUUCGAGACAAUGGUGAUGUGUACUCAUGGGGUUUGAACAACUUUGGUCAGACUGGUAUUCCCAAGGAAUUCGACGAGACCGGCGCCAGCAAAGGAUCUGAUGUCCAUCGUCCUAUCGUCGUCCAGAGUCUUCACGGAAAGGGAAUGGUUACCUGCAUUCAAGGUGGAGCCCAUCAUACGAUUGCCGUCACGGACAAGGGCGAACUUCUGGUUUGGGGACGACUUGAUGGGAAUCAACUCGGUCUGAAGAUGUCGGAUCUUCCGCAAGAUGAGGUGGUUCGUGAUUCAGCAGGUCAUCCUCGAAUUCUCACGGUGCCCACUCAAAUUCCCAACAUCGACGCCGUCUAUGCGGCGGCUGGUUCCGACCAUGGCAUUGCGAUCGACAAAAAGGGCAAAGCAUACUCUUGGGGAUUCAGCACGACUUUCCAGACCGGUCUCGGUACUGACGACGACGUUGAAGUGGCAACACUCAUCGACAACACGGCAGUUAGAGAUAAGAAACUCGUCUGGGCUGGAGCAGGUGGACAAUUCAGCAUGGUGGCUGGACUUCCAGCUCCUGUGGUCAAUGGUGUCAAUGGAGUCAAUGGACACGCCUGA